AUGGCGACGCGCUCACGUUCAGACGCCAGUCUCCAAUUAAACAUUGAAAACAUACAGGUGACUGAAAUCAUGGAGGCUGAUUUUAUCGGGGUCUGUGGAAUAGAGGCCCGGGGACUUGUUGAAGGGAGCAGCUCCCCUCCCGAAGUGGAGACUCCAUCCCAGGAUAACAUGAAGGAUUUUGUGGGACUGGUGAGCAGGGACGAGGAGAGAGGAGAGACGCCAGGAAGGGAGGAUGGCAACCCUGACCCUCUCUAUGGGGAGUUGGAUCCAAAUGUUGUGAAAACAAAGGACCAAAAAGCAUUCGGCAAAGAGGUUAUGUUGCUGAUGCAGGCACUUCAUACCUUAGCCAACCCAGAAGAGAAACUUGCUGCCCUUUGUAAGAAAUAUGCUGACCUGCUGGAAGAGAGUCGAAGCAUGCAGAAGCAGGUGAAGACAUUGCAUAAGAAACAGAACCAGGUGUUGAAAGAGAAGAUUCACCUGCAGAGCGAGCACAGCAAGGCCGUCCUGGCACGCAGCAAGCUAGAGAGUCUGUGCAGAGAACUGCAGCGUCACAACAAGACCCUGAAGGAGGAGAAUGCGCAGAGAUUCAGGGAAUACGAGGAGCGGCGUAAAGAGGCAACGCUGCACUUCCAGAUGACGCUCAAUGAGAUCGAGGCCCAGAUGGAGCAGCACAACUUGCACAACAGCAAACUGCAGCAGGAGAACAUGGAGCUGGCUGAGAAAUUCAAAAAGCUCAUCGAGCAGUAUGAGCUCCGUGAGGAACACAUCGACAAGGUGUUUAAACACAAGGAACUACAACAGCAGUUGGUGGAUGCCAAACUCCAGCAGACUGCCGAGCUGAUGCGUGAGGUGGAAGAGAAACAGCAGAGAGAAAGAGAGUUUCUCCUUAAAGAUGCAACUGAGUCAAGACACAAGUGUGAGCUGAUGAAGGAACAGGAGUAUCAGUUAAAACAGCAGCUCACUCUGUACAUGGACAAGUUUGAGGAGUUCCAGUCCACCCUCGCCAAGAGCAACGAGGUCUUUACCACUUUUCGACAGGAGAUGGAGAAAAUGACAAAGAAGAUCAAGAAGCUUGAGAAGGAAACAACUCUUUGGAGGACCAAAUGGGAGACCAACAACCAGACUCUAUUGCAGAUGGCAGAAGAGAAAACGGUGCGAGACAAUAAUUACAAGGCCCUCCAAGGAAAACUGGAGCGUCUGGAGAAGCUUUGCAGGGCCCUGCAGAGAGAACGCAAUGACCUGAACCAGAAACUCAGGGCUAUCCAGGGCCCAGCAAAAGAUCCUGAGGAAGAGGGUACGGGUCCUCCCGACCCCCAACCAGAGGAGCGUCCUAGCCAGCCCUCGAACCCAGAGAUGGAGAGAGAGAUGGAGAGAGAGAUGGAGAGAGAGAUGGAGAGAGAGGUGGAGGGAGAGAUGGAGGGUUUGGUGCCUGACAUAGAGCAACUCGGGGUUCAGCCUGAGGUGGAGGGCACAACAUCAUUCACACAACUCAUUGAUGUCUGAGCCUGGCCUUCGGUUGGCCUUUCUUUUUUUGUGGAGGUAUCUAUUUUUGUCUAACAGUUAUUCUCAUAACAUAAUAUGUGAGGAAAAAGCAGAACAUCAGUGAAGAUCCUAACUGCUCUGUAUCUUGGUAAUCGGCUUCGUGGCGAGCACUUUUUAACUCCCUGUUUUCUAUUACAUUGUAUUUUCAUAGGAAAUGUUCAUGUGGUCUGCCAUGCAACUUUUUUGUUUCGUAUGUCUCUUUUUUUUGUCCCCCCCCCCCUCCAUGUUCUUUUUCCAUGUUCUUACCCCUUCCCUGCUCCACUGUACUGUAGUCACACAUUAUUAUUUUCUCUAAUAAAAUGUAGCUCUUGGCUCUGACCUUUUAGGAUCAGAAUAAAUAAUUUUGGAUGCAUAUAAUGUUGAAUAAUGCUAUUUUGAAAUGGCCAUUUACCUGUUCAGCUCUAGAUGUCCUGAUAACCUUGAGACUUGAGAAAUGGGGCAUUCAUGUCAGAGGAGACCCACUGAAAUGCUCUCACCAACUUAUUGGCAUUUUGAGUCUGAGCCAACAAGAGCCCAUAACAGGUCACACUUCUGCUGCUAUGAUUAAAAAUUGACUUGAAAUGUACCUUAAAGGAAAAUGCAUAUCUUAAAAAUUAAGAGAGGGGUAAAAAUGUUGAUUGUCUCCUCAUUGCCUGUGGCUUUUUUGAAUGUGGGAAUCUGAUUAAGGGCUAAAUUGACUUCGAAAAAGGCUGCUACAUCUGUAAACAUUUUGUAAAAUACUAGGAACAGGUUUAAAAGGGGAGGGACUUCCUUUUUUGUUACAUGACGGACAAAGGGAAUGGCAUCUUUACUUUUCAGAAAAGUGUAUGUGUGAAAAAAAUGCCAAGUUGAUUGAUGUUUCAUUAAAACCCCCAAUUAUUUUUGAAAGGGAUAACAGGGUAUUUUGUCUUUUGGAUCGGAAUAUCCAACCCACCAGAAGCCAAAAGAAAGUCAGACUAUAUAAAUGGACCUUUAAGAAAAUGUAUGUUAUAAUAAAUUAUGAUCUCAAUGUAUGUCAGUUUUUAAGAAAUUAGGUGAAAUUUACUUACAUUAUUUUCAUUUUCCAAAAGGCUGUAAUCACCCAGGCUAAAUUUCAUGUGAUGAUGCCAUUAAGGAAAGAAAAUCUAAGUGGCCUAAGUUCUUAUUUACCAUUUACCAAAGCUCUCCUAAAAACGUUGUGUCUCUGAAUGAAGUCUUUGGUCUACUGAAAGGGGUUGACUAGAUGUGAUUCUCUUUUCUUUUGGUUUUAUCAAAUUUCUUUUCUUGGGAGUUCAAGAUUAGUCUUGUUCACAAUUCAGUUUUAAUUGGAUUAGUUUGGUAAUCCAAUUUUAAUCCAAACAGUUUUUUGCCUGUUUAAAAUUGACAGUUUACAGUAUUUCAAUUCUUUAACUGAAUGCAAAUCUGAAAGAAAUCAAUCUAUGACUCAUUUUAAAAGGGACCUUGAUGUAUUUGAUACUGGAUAUACUGAAUGUGAUUUCUCUUUCUUUUUUUGGACUUCGUAAUAAGAAAAAAAUGUAAUUCAAGACUUUCAACUAUACAUUUUUCUGAACAGCUGCAUCUAUUUUCAGGAUUGUUGACUUUCUGAAACUGUAUGUAGACAACUGAAUCAAUGAAUGUAGAAAUGCAUCCAUUAUCCAUUUCUAAUCGUUGGCCACUCAUAGCCUUUUAAGAUCUGUUCAUUAUCAUGGUGUGGACACACAGGGUCUAAAUAAUUUCCAUAAAUACCUCAGGUACAUUAAAACAGCAUCUGGCUCUGUGUAUGCCCUGUUACCUAUGACAUGGGCCAGUACAUUCCUUAACAGUGGCUUCCAACAAAAAACUUUUUUUUUGUCCUUGGACACAAAAUUACAAUAUAGAAAGUUAAACUUUAAACAAAUGCUUUCAGUGUAACUGAUCACAUUAAACACAAUUGGCUUCGCCACAACAGCAUUCAUGAGGUUUUAUGAAGAUAUUUGAGUAAAAAAAAAAAAGCAUUUGAUUGACAAGCUUGAUGAGUGAUGUUGCUUUUCAAUUCAUUUGAAAUGGACUGACAUUUCAUCAUUCAGGCUAGAAUGUAUUUCACUUUGUUAAUUGUAAAGUAAAACUGAAUGGAAACGGAAGGUUUUUACCAGCUUCCCAACAUUUUUCUCUCCAUUUUUUGUUUUAUUGUCCAAUCCUUUUCCUCAAAUUUUGCAGUGUCAAUGUUUAUGGUUAUCAUGAUAGCGUCUUGGCAUUUGAUAUGUGUGGCUUGGGAUUCUCUCAAUGUAACAGUUUCACCUCACUUUCAAACAUUUUAUGUUCUUUGUUUUGCAAAAUAUUUUAAAAUCUUCCAAGAAAAUUAAUUUAGAUACUGCAUACAUCUGUAAUUGGGGUUGUUCUCUAAAUUUUGAGUGUUGGUACUGUAAUUUGUAUUUUAUUUUUUAAAUGCCCCAGUUUGAUUCUCAGGUUAUGCAAGAAAUCUACCUCUGCAGGUAAGACAUACUGUGAAAGAUGCUCGAGAGAGCUUUUCUUUUACCCCAACUCAGCCCAUGACCCCUCUGAGAUUGUAUAAUGCUCUUGUAGUUCUGUCUUUGUAAUAAAACAUUUUGU